AUGGAAAGAGAAGAUCAUAACUCCUCGUUUAAAUUAAAGAAUUUCUUUUUCAUUAGGAAAAUUUUAUAUGCAAAAAUAGUAAUUUUUAGUAAAUUAGUUUUGCCGAAUUUAAUGGAAAGAGAAUAUUAUUUAAACAUUUUUACACUGAAUUGGUUAAUUUUUAUAAAAAUAAAUUAAAAUUAAAAAUAUUAGGUUCAAUUUAAGUUUUUUUUAUUCGAAAAAAAUUAACCCCUUUUAAAUUGGAGCAGGAUUUUUAAUCUCCAAUUAAAGGUGGUUAGUAAGAGAUCUGUCGAAGGGAAAAAGGACAAAGAUGCAAGACUUGACCGACACUCUGCACAAGGUGUUGAUCCAAACCCUAAAAAAGGCGGACAUGGAGGCUGGGGAACAGUGGAUGAAAGUGAACCAGUUGAAAUAGCUGAUAGAGGUGAUCCUAAUUACGAUCCAGAUGAAGAAAAAAAGCAGUCUUAA